GCUUACGAAGAAGAAGACUCACGAAGAAUGAAUUAUUUAACCACGAAAUAUGGCCGCUGGGACUUACGAAGAACAAGGCUCACCCAAAAGGAAAACUCUGGAAGAGGCGUAUUGUGGAGAAUCUUCUUUGUCCGUUGUGUGGCACAGAAUUUGAAUCCAGCACCCAUACAGUUUGGCUUUGUGAUGCUGCCAAAGCAGUUUGGUCUGAAUGCCCGCCCCGUAUCCAAAAAUUUGUAUCUGGGGAUAUUGACUUCCUGACUCUCUUUGGUAAUUUGUGUGCUAGGCUGUCGUUGGAUGAUCUAGAAUUUUUUCCUAUGGUGGCCCAGCGGAUCUGGUUUAGGCGCAACAGGUUUGUUUUUGAAGGAGUUUUUACCUCCCCCAGUUGUUUGAUAAAAGGGGCUAAAGAGACUCUUGCUGAAUUCAGGGAAGCUCAUGAUUCAAUGUUUCUAAACAUACAACAAAGACCUUUCCCCCUGUCUAUCCAGUGGACCAAACCCCCUCAAGGUUUCUCUAAGCUGAACUGGGACGCUACUCUGGACAAAAAACAGAGAUUGAUGGAGUGGGGGUAGUUGCCCGAGACUCUGAAGGCAAGGUGAUUGCGGCUAAGUGCUCCUCCCAACGCUAUAUCUUAGACCCCUCAAUGGCAGAGGCUUUUGGUGCUAGACUAUGUGCUGAAUUUGGUUUGUUUCUGGGGCUUCGGUCUGUGAUUUUAGAGGGAGACGCUUUGGAGGUCGUGGAAGUGCUAAAUGGGGUGGAUGAGGAUGCAAGCAAAUUUGGUAACUUGAUAGGAGAAACUCGUAUUUUAUUGAGGAGCUUCGAUUGCUGACAAUCAAACAUGUAAGACGUGAAGGGAACAAGGUAGCUCACACUUUAGCUAAUUAUGCGGUCUCCCAUCCGCAGAACCAAGUUUGGCUUCAUUCUUACCCAUCUUGCAGACUCUGAGUCAAAUUUGUACUCAUCUUAUUUUUAAUACAAGCCCUUUCAAAAAAAAAAAAGAAAAAAAAAAGAAAAGAAAAGAUAGAGGAGGAGGAGACUGUUGCAGACUGGAGCGGAGCAAGUACUCUGGAACAGAAGAAAGGGCAAAAAGGUCAUUUCAUGCUGGAAAACAAAAAUCUCAAUCAUGAGAUCGAGGUGAAUCUUCUCUUCCUAAGAGACAUUCUGACAACUCGGUAUCGUGACAACAGAAACGACGUCGUACUCUGGUGUAUAAUUAAGAACCCAGACCUCUCCCCAUCUUCAGAACGCUCCGGUAGAUCGCGAACGUUCCUCUUAUUUCUACUUCAGAUCUGCAUCUGCUUCUUCCGUCCGUUUUUCUUUAACUACAUCCGGAAAUGGGGCCUAUGCAAUUUCAGCCAGUGGAAUGAGGCAACUAAACUAUGGAAUGAGAUGGUGGAAAGGAAAAUCAUGCCAGAUAUGUAUACAUUUAACAUAUGGGUGGACACACUUGGCAAAGAGGGGAUGUUGAAAGAGGCCAAAGAGGUUUUUGAUGUGAUGAUUCAGAGGGGCUUAAAGCCUGAUAUAGUCACUUACAAUUCUUUGAUUGACGGUUACUGCUUGCAAAAUAGAAUGGAUGAGGCUGUCAAAACAUUUAAUAUGAUGGUUGGCAAGGGUUGUUUGCCUUGUGUUGUUAGCUAUAGCAUAUUGAUCCAUGGCUAUUGUAAAAAUAAAAGAAUUGAUGAGGCGAUGAGUUUCUUCCAUGAAAUGUCCACAAAGGGAAUUUUUCCCGAUGUUGCCACUUACAGUACUCUUAUCGGAGGGUUUUGCCGAGUUGGGAGACCUAAAGCUGCGUUAGAGCUACUCCAGGAGAUGCAAGUUUAUGGCCAACAUCCAGAUCUCCAAACUUAUGCUAUUUUGUUAGAUGGCCUGUGUAAGAAUUUACACUUUUAUGAGGCAAUGGCAUUGUUUCAAGAGAUGGAGGACAAAAAGUUAGACCUUGGUAUUGUGAUUUACAGCAUCUUGAUUGAUGGUAUGUGUAAUGACGGGAACCUUACAACUGCAAAAGAACUCUUUAAUGCUCUUCGUACCAAAGGUUUGCAACCUAAUGUUCGGACUUACACGAUAAUGAUCAAAGGGCUUUGCAAAAAAGGACUACUAAAUGAAGCGAGGGAGUUACUUGAGAAAAUGGAUGAGAACAAUUGUUCACCUGACCAAGUCACGUAUAACACAAUCAUCCAAGGCUUCUUGCGAUAUAAUGAGAUAUCAUGGGCAUUGAAAUAUCUCCAGAUAAUGGUUGGCAAGGGUUUCUCAGCAAAUGCAACCAUUGCCACCAUUUUGAUCAACUUGUUGUCUACUAAUCAAGCAGAUAAAACAUUACAAGAUUUUUUUCAAAAGUCUGUGUGAAAGGUUUCUAAUUCUCCAACAUGCAGGACGAAUUUUAUUUUCUUACUUUUACUGGGCAAUCCGUAAGGAAUAAUAACAUAUUUGUUGCAA